ACUAUCUAUAUCUAGCUAGUUAUUACCAAAAUGGUACUGUAGUGUUAUCCAUGAGGAUCCUGUGGAAAAGGGGUCCCUGUGCAUUUACAGCUCACAUUUGAGUUACGGAAGGCAUGCGAACACAGCAGCUGCUCAACUAGACAACUACUAUUCUCAUGCUAGAGGAUGAAAGAUGUUGAUUUUUUUAUUUGUAUUUGGACUUCAUGCUUUUGGAGUUCAAGCCAGUGUUGACUGUUCAAUUGGUAGUUCAUCAUGUAGCAGUUGUAUAUUGGCUGGUCCAGAUUGUUACUGGUGUGAAUCUGAAACCGAAAAGAAAUGUCAGCCAUAUAUUAAUGUGGAAUUAGCACAGUUAUUUUGUCCAGGUCGAUGGACACAUAGACAAUGUAGUGAUACAGCAUCUAAAAAAAAUACUGACAAUACAAGUAAGCUUGAUAAAAUGUUAGAGCUGCUACAUGAAUUAAAAUCAUCUCAAAAGGAGAAAAGUUCUUCUUCAGAUGAGAAAGAGGCACAGUCAUUACCAGAUGUUAGAAAGUCUGAUUUAGCAUCAUCGUAUAAAAAGGAAGGGCCUGCAAGUAAUGCUGAUUUAAAAGAUCUCUUGCAUAAGUUGAUUUUACUGAAGCUGCUUCGAAAAGUUAAAAAUGAAGGGAUUUCAUCAUUAAGCGAAGAAGAUAAGCUUCUCUUUAAUCAAUACACUCAACAUAAUAUAUUACCAGCAACUAAGGCCCCAGCAACUGUAGCUAAUGUAAACAUUGAGGUAUCACAGCUGCUUCAAUUAUUAGAUAGCAAAGAUAGAAAGAGCUCAAAGUUGAUAACUGUCAAGCCUACAAAAUCAACUUUUGUGAAACCUGUCGUAGCUACUACAAAUGCUGUUGCUGCUACAAAUAAAAAGAGCAAAUUAAAAACAUUAGAAAACCAUGUUGAAGCUGUCAGCAUUGAUUAUAAUGAGAAAGAAGAAGAAACCUUAGAUACUAUUGGUCACAAAAAAAAUACUACCACAAAGAACAUUGGUCACCCAAAAAAUACUACCAUGCAAAAAUCAAAAAUAUUGAAUUAUCACCAUUAUUGCGGCAUAUAUGAAGGGACAGCGAUUUGUAACAAAGAUAACAACUGUACUUGGUGUAACACGCUAACGAAAUGUAUGCAAAGAAGUGAUGAGAGUUAUGAUGCAUGUGUGCACUCCAAAGAUUAUGAUGUCGAUGCUUGCUUCUCAUCAAAACAUUGCAAGCAAUGCGUAGCCGACGAUAAAUGCUACUGGUGCGACGUAUCUAAGAGCUGCCACACAUAUCCAUUUUUUGGUUACGUGCCGCAAUCAUGUGGCGGCGACUGGUUUGUCAAGCAAUGUGACGUACAACUCGCCGUUAUUAUAAUCGUGUUGCCACUCAUUAUGAUCCUACUCGCGCUGGUUACGUUUUACUUUUGUUUGAAGUACUGUUACUACAAACGAAAAGUGUUACGCGUGCCGUUGUUCGAACGACCUGGAGUGUUCGACUAUCGUAAAGAUAAGAAGGUCUAUUUUGUACAUCCAGACGACGAGAGCAGUGAAAAUGAAAUGGAAGCUGAGAAGUUCAGGAAAAAAUAUCGACUGCCAAUCGAGAAAGAACCUUUGAUUGAUCCUAAUAGUUGAGUUGUUGUGGAGUGAAAAAGCUGGAUGAAAAAUGAAAUAUCGAAGCGUAAACUUAUUGUUUAAGUUAUUUUUAAAUGCAUCAUAGAAAGCUUAACUUAAUAAAACUAUUUUUUGUUUCAUACGGCAGCUAUAUAAUCUUUAGUGGAAUAUUCUGGGUAUAUACAAGCUUUCCUCAUGGGACAAAAGCAAAAAAAAUGAAAAAAUCAUCCUGCACAGCGGGGGGAAAAUUUCUUGUUUGCAUAGUCAAUUUUUCUACCAGAAUCCCUAAACUCUUAGGAGAAUUGGACCAACUGAAUCGGAAUUUUUAGCUGGAACCAAUUGAGUAAAGCGAAGGUUAUCUGGGGUAACUGUAUUUUUGCGCUCUUUCAAGUUGUGUUCACUGGGAAGAAAAUAUUGCAUGUUAAUAAGAUUUCUUUUGAAUUAUAUUUUGUAUUUUUUUUAUCAAUAAACGUUUGUACAUGCCUUCGUUGAACAAUCCACAAAAGAAAUGUUUAUCCGAUCUUGCAUCUGUUGUACAAUAAUACCAUGUAAUCAUAUCAUAAAGAUUAUCCAGCAUUAGGAGUAGCAUUGUCAAAAAUACAUUCAAAGCUGUUAAAGAAUUGAGACUAUCUAAAAUAUGCACUUUUGAACCGUGACUACUAGCUCAAGUUAUUGAUAUGUUAAACAAAGCGAAAAACGUUUUAUGUUAGUUUAGUCUUAUAAUUUUUUAUUUUUAGGUUAGUAAGCAUAAUCUAAGCAAUAAACUCAAUAUACACUAUGUUCUGUUUUAUAUUUUUAUUUUUGGAUAAGUAAACAUAGCCUAAAUAUUAACCUCCAUAUACACUGUGUUUUGUUUUGUAUCGAGUUAAGUUAUUUCACAAUGGUAUUUUUGUAUAUAAUGUUAAUUUAUUUUUGCUGAAUAAAAUACGCGGAGAUAAUCA